AUGGACUCGUCUGAGAAAGAGGGAAGCGGGGCAACGGGCUCUCUUCCUCCUCCCCCGCCUCUGCCUCCCAAUGUGGCACCAAUCAAAGCAGAAUAUGAACCUGCAAAGAAGGUUUUACGUGUCCCAAUGGCCAGGAAAGGUCUUGGAUCUAAAGGGCAGAAGAUAUCUAUUCUCACAAAUCACUUCAAAGUGAAUGUUGGAACUGUUGAUGGGCAUUUCUUCCACUACAGUGUUUCUCUUUCUUAUGAAGAUGGUCGCCCAGUGGUUGGGAAGGGUGUUGGAAGAAAGGUGAUGGAUAAGUUGCAUGAGACCUACAGCAGUGAGUUGGCUGGAAAGGACUUUGCGUAUGAUGGGGAGAAGAGUUUAUUUACUGUUGGUCCUCUCCCAAGUACCAAGCUUGAGUUUCCUGUUGUGCUUGAGGAUGUUACAUCCGACAGGAGUGCAAGCCCUGAUGGCAAUGAAAGCCAAAAAGAGCGUGAAAGGAAGAUAUUAGGACGUAUGCACCCGCCAAAGACAUUUAACGUGGAGAUUAGCUUUGCCGCAAAGAUUCCCAUGCAAGCCAUUCAAAAUGCUCUGCGUGGACAGGAAUCAGGAAACUCACAAGAAGCCCUGAGGGUGCUGGAUAUCAUUUUACGGCAGCAUGCUGCAAAACGGGGAUGCCUACUUGUUCGCCAGUCUUUUUUCCAAGAUGAUGAAAAUAAUUAUACAAACAUUGGCCGUGGUGUCCUAGGAUGCAGGGGAUUCCAUUCAAGUUUCAGAGCUACUCAAGGAGGCCUUUCCCUGAAUAUUGACGUAUCAACUACAGUGAUAUUUCAACCUGGUCCAGUAUUGGAUUUUUUACUUGAGAAUCAGAAUAUGAGAGAUCCUCAGUACCUGGACUGGAGCAAGGCUAAACGAGUGCUUAAAAAUCUGAGGGUAGAAGUCAGACCAUCCAAUCUGGAGUACAAGAUUACCGGAUUGAGUGACCUUUUCUGCAAAGAUCAGAUGUUCUCAUGGAAGCAGAAAAGUAUGAAGAAUGAGAAUGGUGAAGCAGAGACCGUGGAGAUUACUGUUUAUGAAUAUUUUGUCACCCAUCGCAAGAUACAGUUGGCUUAUUCUGCAGAUUUGCCAUGCAUUAAUGUUGGCAAGCCAAAGCGGCCAACAUAUAUUCCUUUGGAGCUGUGCACUUUGGUGUCGUUGCAACGCUACACAAAAGCGCUAUCCACUUUCCAAAGAGCUUCGCUGGUCGAAAAAUCAAGGCAGAAGCCUCAAGAAAGAAUGAGGCUCUUGUCUAUUGCUUUACAUAACAGUAAUUAUGGUGCUGAACCAGUGCUGCGUUCAUGUGGUGUUUCUAUCAGCUCUAAUUUCACCCAAGUGGAAGGCCGUAUUCUGCCUCCUCCGGGGAUAAUAGCGGGCGAUGGUAAAGCUUUCGCGCCUAAGAAUGGGCGAUGGAAUUUCAACAAUAAGAGAUUUGUGGAGCCAACUAGGAUUGAAAGUUGGGGUGUUGUUAACUUCUGGCCACGUUGUGAUGUAAGUCGACUUGUGUUGGAUCUGAUGAGAUGCGGAGAAAUGAAAGGAAUGCAUGUAGAUAGACCAUUUGGUGUGUACACAGAGAAGAAUGAGAACGGACGUCUCUCUCCUGUGGGUAGAGUGGAUAAGAUGUUUGAUGAGAUGAAAUCUGAAAGUAAUGUCUCUCCACGGUUCCUUCUUUGUGUGCUGCCUAACAGGAAAAAUUCUGAUCUUUAUGGUCCAUGGAAGCGAAAGAAUCUUGCCGACUCUGGCAUAGUCACUCAGUGUAUGGCUCCAACUAAGUUCACUGAUCAGUACCUUACGAAUCUGCUUCUCAAGAUUAAUGCAAAGCUUUGA